GUCGUGCAGCCAUUAUACCAAACGGAAAACCUCCCAAAAAUGAGAAAAUCUCUCAUUUAGUUCAAAAUUAACGCGCAUAACGCUUGUAAUAUACCUCAAGUAUAAAACAACUCAAUCUAAAACAUGGGGGGUUUGGUAUCGUAAAAAUGGCUAGUCAAUAGGGCAAGCUAAAAACAUAUAAAGCAAUAUGUAUAGUGUUAAGUAAAGAAGUCUUCCAUUUAGAGUUAAAAGUGUACAAUUAAAAAUACAUGUCUUCCUGUUACGUCAAUUUUGACAUAGUUAUACAAUAGCGAUAGUUAAAGAAAAAUUGUGAAUCAGUAAAACAAUAAAGGUUUACACUAUACAGUUUAGAAAAAGUAUAGAAGAUGAUUAAUCUUGGACGUAUUAAGUUACCACCUUUCAAGAAUGUGCUGGACGUGGCAAUGCAGACAGUCAGGCAGCAAGUACCUGACAAACAAGGAGCACCACCUCGUCCUCCACAAAAUGUCCGAUUUGCUAACAUGGAUAUGGGGGAAAGCUGCGAGUUGUCAACGAUGAAUGAAACAACUUCGCCUACAUACCAAUCGACCAACCCUACCAACCCAUUUCUUAGCGGAGACCUCCAGGCCGAAGAUUCUUUCACCAGUUAUCAGAACACUUAUCCUCAGCAAGAUGGGGCUCCAAGGACGCAAAGCAUGCAAAGCGUUGACUUUUACGCUUCAUCAGAAGAAGGUGGUUUUGAAGAAGGUGGUGGAAAGCCCGGCGCCAAGAUUAACGAAUUCCAAGCUGCUUGGAAUGUCACCAAUGCAAUCCAGGGAAUGUUCGUAGUGUCGUUGCCAUUUGCUGUGCUUCAAGGAGGAUAUUGGGCAAUAGCUGCUAUGAUUGGAAUUGCCCACAUAUGUUGCUACACUGGAAAGAUCCUCGUUGAGUGCCUCUACGAAGACGACCCAGUAUCAGGACAACGUGUUCGCGUUCGAGAUUCUUACGUAAGUAUUGCUAAAGAAUGUUUUGGGCGCAAAUAUGGCGCUAAGAUUGUUAACAUCGCACAAAUUAUUGAACUACUAAUGACUUGUAUUCUUUACGUUGUUGUCUGUGGCGAUCUUAUGAUCGGCACCUUUCCUGAUGGUUCAAUUGACACCCGAUCUUGGAUGAUGCUAACUGGAAUAUUCUUGUUACCACUGGCUUUCUUGAAAUCUCUUAAAAGCGUCAGCAUGUUAUCUUUUUGGUGCACGAUGAGCCACUUGAUUAUUAACGCAAUCGUUCUCGGAUAUUGCAUUCUUUACAUCGGCGACUGGGGUUGGUCAAAGGUGAAAUGGUCAUUGGAUUUCGAAAAUUUCCCAAUCAGUUUAGGCGUAAUUGUAUUUUCAUACACGUCACAGAUAUUUCUGCCUACUUUGGAAGGCAACAUGGAAGAUCGAUCGAGAUUUGAAUGGAUGUUAAAUUGGUCUCACAUUGCCGCAGCGGCGUUUAAAUCCAUCUUCGGCUAUUUAUGUUUUUUGACCUUCCAAAAUGACACUCAGCAAGUGAUUACAAACAACCUCCGAUCUGCUGGUUUUAAAGGAUUGGUAAACUUCUUUCUGGUAGUCAAGGCAGUGCUUAGCUAUCCUCUGCCAUAUUAUGCUGCUUGUGAUCUUAUAGAAAGAGUAUUGUUCAGAGGUAAACCAAAAACGAUUUUCCCGCCUAUUUACGCUUUAGAUGGAGAGCUAAAAGUCUGGGGACUGGCUUGGCGGCUCGGUGUUAUAAUGUUCACAAUUCUGAUGGCUAUUUUUAUUCCCCAUUUCGCAAUACUCAUGGGAUUCAUUGGAAGCUUCACUGGGACAAUGUUGAGUUUUAUAUGGCCUGCUUAUUUCCAUCUCAAAUUGAAAGGCAAUCAGCUCGAAAGCACCACAAUCGCUUAUGACUAUUUUAUUAUCGGGCUUGGAGUGCUCUUUGGUGUUAUUGGGAUGUACGACUCUGGCUCGGCUCUAGUGAAGGCCUUCAAGAUAGGUUUGCCGUUUUAAUUAAAAGUAGUAUUUAGAUGAUUGUUGAACUAUUUUUAGAUUUACGCAUUUACUUCAUGUAUUAAAAUUUAAACUUCCGCACAGUUGCGAUAUGUCUAAAAUGUUAAAAUCCAAAUAUUUAGUCGGAUGUGAUUAAAAUG